CAAAUUUUGAAUUGGAUCAUAUAAGUAGUUGCCGAAUUUGAGACUGGCCCUCAGUUUCACUUCUGUGUUUCAAUCGUAAUGUCUAAAAUUUGCGUGUUAUUAUUUUUUGCUUUUGGCUUAGCAUUCGCAUUUGCGCUUAUCGCUGAAAGAAAUGCGGAUGAACUAUGCAUAAGAGACGAUUCUAAACCGGGAUAUUGUAUGCGCCGAAGGAACUGUUCGUUCCUCAAAGAAUUAAUUGCUCGAAAAAAUCAAUUAACACAAGCUGAAAGAUCGUACUUUAGAAGAUCAAAGUGCCCUUCAAGAAGAAAUGAUAAGAGGUAUGUGUGCUGUGAAGAAAAAGAAAAGAUUGACCAGGCAAUUGAUAAUCUGUAUAAGGAGGAAUGCGGUAGAUUUGAAACAGAUUUGAUAGAUAAAGGUCAUGAAAUUCAAUUAAUGUCGAGGCCGUGGAUGGCUCUUCUUUACUUAAAAUUUAAAGAUGGAACUGAAAAAUUUGCAUGCGGCGGUACCCUGAUAAGCAAACGUUACGUGUUAACAGCUGCUCAUUGUUUCAACGAGAAAGAACUAUUAUCAGUGCGCUUGGGAGAGCACAAUAUAAAUAAGGAAAGAGAUUGCAUUGGAUUGAAUUAUUGUGCACCACCAGUUGAGGAUAUUGAGAUUGAACGCAUUUUUGUGCAUGAAAAAUAUUCGGAUCAAACUCAUCACAAUGAUAUUGCUCUAGUGAAACUGUCGAGAGACGUGGAAUUCAAAAGGAGUAUUUGGCCUAUUUGUCUGCCGACGAUCGAGACUCUUCAACAAAAACUUAACAACAAGACAACAUUCUAUGUGACUGGUUGGGGAAAAACUGAAUUCGCUGAAUUCUCUGAUACUCCAAUGGAAACUCUUAUAAAUCGAAUAGAUCACGCAGCAUGCCAAGAAAGUUUUCCGGGUCGGCGAAUCGUUUCAACACAUAUAUGCGCUGGUGGCAGUAAUGGGGACUCCUGCAAUGGCGACUCUGGAGGUCCAUUGUCGAAUAUAAUGUAUUUUAAUGAUUUUCAACGGUUUGUGCAGUCUGGAGUGGUCAGUUUUGGAUCUCGGAAUUGCAGUAGUAAGCAUCCGGGUGUCUACACAAAUGUUCAAAGUUACAUACGGUGGAUCGCUUACAAGAUUGCCACCAAAUGAAUUAAACAGUCAAACCAAAAUUAUAUAUAGUUAAUGAAGCUUAUCAACACAUAUUGCGCAUAUGAUCCAUAAUAAAUGAUUGCAUUGGGUCACAAAACAUA